CCGGCGCGCCCCGCUCCGCGGCCCACCGGGGGCAAGAAUAGCUGCUGGAAAAGCUGCCCUGCCGUAGCCGCUGAAGCUAUGGAAGACACAUCCGCUGGUCUAGGCUGUAGGAUGGUAGCGCACAGCAAGGUGUCAGCAGAUAAUGCAGUUGCAGCAAAUCCGAGAUGUCUGCUUGACCCUCCAGCACGGCAUCGUUCACAAGCUCAGCAGUACCACGGCCCGGGCCGGCCCAGUCCCGUGCAGGUGCAGAGCAACACGCAUUUCCGGACCUUUCGCUCGCAAGCGGAUUUUCGUAGCAUCACUCGAGCAAGCAGCCCUGCUGGAUGGCCUGGUGGCUUCUACUGGGGACCUCUGACUGUCAGUGCUGCCCAUGAGAAGCUGAAGUCUGAGCCUGAGGGCACUUUCCUCAUCAGGGACAGCACGCAAAAGAAUUGCUUCUUUGCCAUCAGUGUUAAGACUGCAACUGGGCCCACCAGCAUCCGGAUUAUCUUUCAGACUGGGCGCUUCAGCCUGGAUGGCAGCAAAGAGACAUUUGACUGCCUUUUUAAGCUGCUGGAACAUUACCUAAGCUCCCCCAGGAAGGUACUGGUUACCCCCCUGCGCAAAGUCCGUGUACAGCCCUUGCAGGAGCUCUGCCGGAAUAUCGUGAAGACUUUUGGAAGAGAGAACUUAAACCAGAUCCCCUCCAAUCCUGUUUUAAAGGACUAUCUGAAAUCCCUUCCAUUUCAGAUAUAAGUACAGCAUUAACUGUAAUAGGGACAUGUGAGAGAUGAGUAAGGAAAUCCAGCUUCCUGGGUUUUAAACAUGUUUGACAGUGAGCAAACUUAUUUUUUGUAGCAAUUUGCUGUAUUUUGGGAUAGAACUUGAACACUUGACUACUUAUGUUUACCAAAAACUGUUUGCAC